AUGGCUGAUCAUCUACUCGACCGAGACGUCCUCUUGCUUGACGGCGGCUUGGGGACGACGCUGGAGGAUGAACACGGGGUUCAGUUCUCGACCAAAACGCCGCUGUGGUCAUCCCACUUGCUCGUGGAAAAUCCAUCUCCGCUCCAGAGCGUACAAAGAGAUUUCGCCCGUGCAGGUGUCGACAUCAUUCUCACUGCGACUUACCAGGCUAGUUACCAUGGGUUCAGAAACACAAAGACCUCGAGCGACACUGGCAUCGAGCCAGAAGAGGCGAAGAAGUACAUGUGCUCUGCAGUCAGGAUCGCUCGGGAUGCGUUCAACGGUCGACCGGGUCUAGUGGCUUUAAGUCUGGGAGCCUAUGGUGCAACUAUGGUUCCUAGCACUGAGUAUAGCGGAGACUAUGGGGCAAUUAAAGAAGACAAUCUUUUCAAGUUUCAUAUGGAACGAAUAUCCGCGUUUACACAGGAUGAGGCGUGGAGAGAUAUUGAUCUCGUGGCUUUUGAGACUCUGCCCAGGCUCGACGAAGUGAGGACGGCAAGGAAGGUCAUGCGCGCCAUCACCGACAAGGAGUAUUGGAUCUCGUGUGUCUUUCCCAGCGACAAUGACAGGCUGCCCGACGGGACGGAGAUCAAGGACGUGGUGGCUGCCAUGCUCGAAGGCGAACGCAGGCCAUUCGCAAUCGGGCUCAACUGCACCAAGAUCUAUAAGGUGGCAGGAUUGGUUCGCGGAUUCGAGGACGCCGCAAGAUCCCUCUCGAUGGAGUUGCCUAGGCUGGUCUUGUAUCCUGACGGUGCUGGACGCAAGGUCUACGACACACAGCUGCAGAGAUGGGUGGGCGACGACAUCGAUAGCAGACCUUGGGACGAGCAAAUGCUCGAGAUUGUAAGUGAAGCCAGACAGCGAGGGGCGUGGAAAGGUAUCAUUGUCGGAGGAUGUUGCAAGACUACACCGGGACAUAUUGCAAACCUGAGGAGGAGGUUGGAUGAGAUGGAACAACAAAAGUUAUAG